UGGUGGUGGUAAUGAAGGUUAGUGUUGGGUUGGUCGGUGAAGAGGCCAGUAGAAAAUUGCCCAUCUGCCGCCAAGACCACCAAAUAUAAUAUCAGAUCAUUUGAAUUUGAAUCUGAACACAAGCUUGUGCAAUGCACACAUUAUAUAUUUUAAUAAUAUACAUAUAAUAGGAAAGAUAACAACGUAUACAUGAAAACGUUGACAUAAAUGUAAUUGGUGUGAAAACUAAAAAUAUAUUAAGUAUACAGUUCCUGAGUGGAUGAGUCUGAAUUGAUAUUUUAAGUGAAAAGAAGAAACGAGUAAGAGACAGAGUGAUAAGUCGGAUCAAAGAUUUGACGAAUGCACAAGAAAGAACUUUCGUCUCUGCCAAGAAGCGUCCAGCACCCGACAACUCAGUGCACAGGUAAACCCACGAAUGAAGCAACUUUCCCGCGUGGAGGUGCUUUAAGGAGCAACGACGGAGAGAAAGAAAAAGAGAGCGAGCUACGCCUCUACCAUGGCCGCCACCACAACUCCGGACGAAGCCACCAGGAUACACACCAAUUACGCCUCCUACAGCGGAAAGGCUGAGAGCCAGGCGACGCUUGCUGAGUCUGCGGAUGGUUGCUCCAGAGAGGAUGGGGACGACGGCAGAGCAGGCGGCGCAGAGGGCGAGGGACGCGCCCACAAGGGCCUCUCAGCAGGCUUGGCGGCACUAUUUCUCUUGGCCGAGAUGGCGGGCGCCGGCAUCCUCAACCUGCCCCGGGCGGUGGCCAACACAGGGUGGGGGGGGCUGCCGCUGAUGGUGGUGCUCGCCCUGGCGGUGGGGUUCGCGGGCACGCGGCUGGGCAUGUGCUGGGUGUUGCUGGAGGACCGCUGGCCGCAGUAUCGCACGCCCUGCCGCCGUCCAUACCCAGCCAUCGCCCGCCGCGCCCUCGGCAUCCCGGGACAGGUCGUGGCCGAGGCGUCAGUGUUGUUCACGCUCUUCGGUGCCUCCACAGUGUACCUCCUCCUCGCCGUGCAGAUGACCCACUCCCUCCUGAGCCAUUACGUGCCCACCCUCAGUCCGUGCGCGUGGUGCCUCAUCCUGGGCGUCCUCCUCUGCCCCACCACCUGGUUCAGCACGCCCAAGGAUUUCUGGGGAGCCCCAGUGCUGGCCUUGGGGGCUACGCUACUGGCCUGCCUGGUGGUGUUGUCGGAGGUGGUGGUGCAGAGGGACACCCACGAGCCGCCACUCUUCCCGUCCCCGACUUUCCACUCCGUGUUCCUGGGCUUCGGCGCCAUCCUCUUCGCCCUCGGUGGAGCCUCUCUGUUCCCUACCAUCCAGAACGACAUGAAGGACAGGUCACAGUUCCCCCACAGCGUCAUCCUGACAUUCCUGG